AUGACCAUUUUGGUACAGAGAAAGCCCAUCUUUAGUGGGAGCAUGGAAGAGCAGCAGUCUGCCUAUGCCAAAAUGAGUUGUCAUGGAAAAACUCCAAAAGAUGCUGCUUCCGUUCGAGCUACACAUCCUAUACCUGCAGCCUGUGGCAUAUACUACUUCGAAGUCAAAAUUGUCAGUAAGGGAAGAGAUGGUUACAUGGGAAUUGGGCUUUCGGCACAGGGUGUGAACAUGAACAGGCUACCAGGUUGGGAUAAACAUUCAUAUGGUUACCAUGGAGAUGAUGGACAUUCAUUCUGUUCCUCUGGAACUGGACAGCCCUAUGGCCCAACGUUUACUACGGGUGAUGUCAUUGGUUGUUGUGUCAACCUUAUCAAUAAUACCUGCUUCUACACAAAGAAUGGACACAGCUUGGGCAUCGCUUUCACAGAUUUACCGCCAAACUUGUACCCUACAGUAGGGCUACAAACGCCAGGAGAGGUUGUGGAUGCUAAUUUUGGACAACAUCCAUUUGUAUUUGAUAUUGAAGACUAUAUGAGAGAAUGGAGAACCAAAAUUCAAGCACAGAUUGACAGAUUUCCAGUAGGAGAUCGGGAAGGAGAGUGGCAAACAAUGAUUCAGAAAAUGGUAUCAUCUUACUUAGUUCACCAUGGAUACUGUGCAACAGCAGAGGCAUUCGCCAGAUCCACAGACCAGACUGUGCUAGAAGAAUUAGCUUCCAUUAAAAAUAGACAAAGAAUUCAGAAAUUGGUUUUAGCAGGAAGAAUGGGAGAAGCCAUUGAAACAACACAACAGUUGUAUCCAAGUUUACUAGAAAGAAAUCCUAAUCUCUUAUUUGCAUUAAAGGUGCGCCAGUUUAUAGAGAUGGUGAAUGGUACAGACAGUGAAGUGCGGUGUUUGGGAGGCCACAGUCCAAAAUCUCAAGACAGUUACCCUGUUAGCCCACGAUCAUUCAGUAGUCCUAGCAUGAGUCCCAGCCAUGGAAUGAAUAUUCACAAUUUGGCAACAGGCAAAGGGAGCAGCACACACUUCUCUGGGUUUGAAAGUAGUUGCAGUAAUGGAGUAAUAUCAAACAAAGCGCAUCAAUCUUACUGUCACAGUAAACACACGACCACCAGCUUGAAUGUACCAGAGCUCAACAACAUAAAUGUAUCAAGAUCACAGCAGGUUAACAGCUAUUCCAGCAAUGAUGUAGACAUGGAAACAGAUCACUACUCCAAUGGGGUUGCUGAGACUUCAUCCAAUGGCUUCCUAAAUGAAGUAGAUUCAAGUCAGUUAAGACGUCAGCUAUGUGGUGGCAGCCAAGCGGCUAUUGAAAGGAUGAUCCAUUUUGGAAGAGAAUUGCAAGCAAUGAGUGAGCAGCUAAGAAGAGAAUGUGGCAAAAACACAGCAAAUAAGAAAAUGCUCAAGGAUGCGUUCAGUUUGCUCGCAUACUCGGAUCCCUGGAGCAGCCCUGUUGGAAACCAGCUUGACCCGAUACAGAGAGAACCCGUCUGCUCUGUCCUGAACAGUGCAAUACUAGAGACUCACAACCUGCCAAAGCAACCGCCACUUGCCCUAGCAAUGGGACAAGCCUCACAGUGUCUAGGAUUGAUGGCUCGGUCAGGAAUCGGCUCCUGCGCGUUCGCCACCGUGGAAGACUACCUACACUAGCUAUGCAUUUGGAGAGCUGGAAGGUGUUGUGGCAUAUUCAACAUGGAAAGUUAAGAGACCAGCUCUGCUGACUGGAAUUUGGAAUUUUAAUUAUGUACUAAGGACAAGUCUGUCGCUUUAUGUUGCUUCCUAGUUUACAGCAUGAUGCAAAUGAUUUCUAACUUAGUGUUAGGAGAAAAUUUCCAUCUUUAAGCCUCUUAGACAACUAAGAGUUGAAAAUAUCACUGAUAAUGUCAGACAUCCAAAUUGACAAGUACCGAUCCUUUGAACGAUUGUCCAAAACACACCAAAUAUCCUGUGACCUUGUGGUGGGCCAGAAGAAUAGAAAACAUGGAUGUAUUAGCAUGUGGGUGAUGUAAACGUCAAGCAGGAUGACUUGCCAACCUCCACCCCCAUUGUUACAUAGUUCAAUCAGUGUAAUUUGCAAAAUGCAUUAAACACCUGAUGGUUUGGAUAUAUAGUGUUGAUGGGAAGAAAUGAUAUUUUUUAAUGUGUACUGUAAAACUUGAAUUACUCAGGAGCUGAGUGAAUAUGUUUGUUGCUACUUACAAUCCCAACCUGUUGAUCUUAGUAGUUUUUUGUUUUAACAUGGUCUUUUCAACCUUGUUUCCUUGUUUAACUACAGACAGCUUCUGUUGUGUAGACUCACCAGUUUAACUGUUGUAUUAUAACAGUAUUACAUGUCAACACAGUGUGGUUAUGACCUAUUUAUAUAAAAACCAAAUAUUUAGUCAAUUUACAGUCUUAAUUUAAUCUUUGUACACCUUGCAUUUUUAAAAGUGCUUAAAUAGUACUAUAUUGCAAUAAAAUGUAGUGAUACCAUAA